AUGGGGGCCGUCUCCCCCCGUCACCAUGCUGCUGGGCAGGAAACCGGAGGCGCCCCUGGGUGCAGGUUUGGAGAUGGAUUAUAUGACUCCUAUAUGAGGAUAGAUCAGAUUAGGUACCAAGAGUCUACAAAUGAAGAACACAGCCCCUUGGGACUUCCUGCUCUUGGAAGAUCUAAUGUUUCUAGCAACAAACUUGCAGUGAAAGAUCACCCUCUGUCUGGAAGUCAGGUCAAAGUGGAGCAAUUGUUUGAGGACUCUGGCAACAGAAGGAGCAGCACUCUCCAGCCUGCAGGAAUUACUGCUUCAGAAAGAGCUCUUCCUUCCCUGACCAAGGAUAAAAAUACAGAGAGCAUAAGCACUUGUAAAGGGGGUGGUAGUUCCUCCAGAGCACACAAAGCCAUUUCCCAAGCUCCAGAGCAAGCUGUCAAGCAGUACAAACAUCAAUUAUCUGCUUAUGAGCAGCAGGAGAUAUUUAAUUUCUCGGAGAUUUACUUUGUGGGUCCAGCUGCAAAGAAGAGGCAGGGAGUGAUCGGUGGGCCCAACAAUGGGGGUUAUGAUGAUGACCAAGGCAGCUACAUUCACGUGCCCCAUGACCACCUUGCUUACAGGUAUGAAGUGCUCAAAAUCAUUGGCAAGGGCAGUUUUGGACAAGUUGCUAAAGUCUACGAUCACAAACUCCACCAACACUUAGCCUUAAAGAUGGUUCGCAACGAGAAGCGAUUCCAUCGGCAAGCAGCCGAAGAGAUCCGGAUUCUGGAGCACCUGAAGAAGCAGGAUAAAACAGGGAGUAUGAAUGUUAUCCACAUGCUGGAAAGCUUCACCUUCAGGAACCACAUCUGCAUGACCUUUGAACUCUUGAGCAUGAACCUGUAUGAGCUGAUCAAAAGAAACAAGUUUCAGGGUUUCAGUAUCCAGCUGGUCCGUAAGUUUGCUCACUCGAUCCUGCAGUGUUUGGAUGCCCUUUAUAGAAACAAAAUCAUACACUGUGACUUGAAACCAGAGAAUAUCCUCCUAAAGCAGCAAGGGAGGAGUGGAAUCAAGGUGAUAGAUUUUGGGUCCAGCUGUUUUGAGCACCAAAGAGUCUACACAUACAUUCAGUCCCGUUUCUAUCGGGCGCCAGAGGUCAUCCUGGGAAGCCGCUAUGGGAUGCCCAUCGACAUGUGGAGCUUUGGCUGCAUUCUGGUGGAGCUCUUGACUGGAUACCCUCUUUUUCCUGGAGAGGACGAGGCAGACCAGCUGGCUUGUAUGAUGGAACUUCUUGGAAUGCCACCUCAAAAGCUUUUGGAUCAAUCUAAGCGAGCCAAGAACUUCAUCAGCUCCAAGGGUCACCCUCGCUACUGCACCGCCACCACGCAGGCGGACGGCAGGGUGACCCUCACCGGCAGCCGCUCGCGCCGGGGCAAGAUCCGAGGUGCUCCAGGGAACAAGGACUGGGUGACAGCUCUGAAGGGCUGUGAUGACCCUUUGUUCAUAGAGUUCUUAAAGGAGUGUCUCAGCUGGGAUCCUUCCACCCGCCUGACUCCGAGCCAAGCCUUAAGGCACCCUUGGAUUUGCAAACGGACUCCCAAGCCCCCCGGCGCUGACAAACCUUCCACCAAACGCAUUUCCAGCUACACCAGCUCCUUCCCAGGGAUAGGAUCCAAGCUGCCUCCUGUAGUUGGGGUGGCCAACAAGCUGAGGGCAAACCUGGCCUCUGACUCCAACAGCAGCAUACCUCUCUGUACUGUGCUCCCCAAACUGGUCAGCUAGUAAAGGGCUCUGCGCUUCCGGAACACCGCAGCUGGAUUUUAAUUGGGAAGCACCGUGGAAGGGAGGCGAAGUGCAAAAGUUUUUAAGGGGCUGACUUUUUGUUAGAAGGCUAAAUGUUGAACAUCCAAAAAGUUUGGUCAAAGGGUUCACGUGUAAAGGGCUAACUUGGAGCCAGUUGUCUCACUCUGGAUGUGUGGUGUGUGUGUGACACCACUGAGGAAGGUCAGCUCAGCUCUGGGGUAAGGUGGCAGGUUGGCAGAUGUGCUGGUUCAUGGUGGAUCUAGAAAUCAAAACUAAUCCCUGUCAGGACAUUUUCACAGAUCCUUUUGCUCAAGGCA